CACUUACAACCUUUAGUUUUCAAAUUUCAUUAUUAAAAACUGAUAAACCUCAGGGGUGUAUUUCUUUGCGAUCAACUAGUACCAGCUGCGUUCCAGAUAGUCGAACGGUUUGAGCAGCAACGGUUUCACCAGGAACUUGUAGCUCAAGGCGCGAUACACAAUAAUGACAGCAAUGUUAGCAAUAAUAUCCUCAGUAAUUCGCACUCUUAUAGCUCAUUUAUAAAUGGGGCUGUUGGAACCAUAGCUGAUGGACAGAGUCAUCAAAACAUGGACGUGGACGAUAUUAAUGCUAGAUAUAAUGAAGACUUGGUAGAUCAAUUGGGCUCCAGUGACGACGGGGAAGAUCCGCAACCCUUUGGCUACAUUCCAUUGAACCAAGACAACUUUAGCGAUGAUGAUGACGAAGAUGAGGAUGGUGAAAAAGAUGGAGAGGAACAUACAGAGUAUAAUCAAAUGGCGAGCGAUGAUGAAAAGGAUGAAAGGGACAAGGAUAAGAGGAGCGACGAUGAAGGUGAAGAGCUAGGAUAUGAUGAUUACCUUCAUUCAGUCAAUUCUGACGGAACAUUGCCAAUACCAGUAAUUCCAGACGCAGUUCAGAUUGAACUCGACAAGACAGAUGAGCGUCUAGCAGAGCAGAUCCCAGAAGAGGAUCUCAAGACUAUCGCUAUGAUCAUGAGCUCGUUCACACUGCCGGCACCAGAUUGGGCCAAGGCAAUACCAGAAGAGCGAUGGCUACCCAAGAUUGUACACCAGUCACAGAUAGAGGAGUCUUCUGCUGCUACGACGCCUGCAUCUGAUUCAAGAUCAUAGUAACCCCUUCCUUUUUGUAUGAUAGACGGAG